AGUGCCGGCUAUCAGUCUGUUGGAGUAAGCGUAACCCCUCGUGAUGAUCUCGAACAGUCAGUUUCGGUCGGGCAGGUCACUGCUGCUGGCAUUGAUCUUGCUGAUUGGCUGCAAUGCCCAGGAACAGCAAGAGCAACAGAAGGAAGUUUUUAAACUGUGCGUUCCGCAUCAGAUCAUUACGGCCUGUCGGGAUCUGAUGGCCAAACCGGACGCGGCGGUGCAGGUUCAGUGUAUCCCCGGCCGUGACCGGAUGGAGUGUUUGGAAAAAGUCAACGCAAGACAGGCGGACUUUGUGGCCGUCGAUCCGGAGGACAUGUACGUGGCCUACCAUAUGGCGAAUCAAGACUUUAGUGUGUUUACCGAAUUUAGAACGGUGGAGGAACCGAAGGCCGAAUUCCGGUACGAAGGCAUAAUCCUGGUGAGGAAGAGUGAUAAUUUUAAGAGUUUGGCCGAUCUACGCGGAAAGAAAUCCUGCCACACCGGGUACGGACGAAAUGUUGGCUACAAAAUUCCGAUCACCAAGCUGAAGAAGGUGGGAUUGUUUAAGCUGGCCUCUGACCCUGAAUUGGCACCGCUGGAAAAAGAACUGAAAGGGUUAUCGGAACUGUUCGGUAGCUCGUGUUUGGUGGGUAAAUAUUCCCCUAACGAUGAGGUGAACCGGCUUCUGAAGAAACGUUACUCCAACUUGUGUGCUCUCUGUGAACGACCAGAUGUGUGCGACUAUCCCGAUAAGUACUCCGGUUAUGAUGGAGCCAUCCGUUGUUUAGUGGAAAAUAACGGGGAUGUUGCCUUUACCAAAGUGAUUUACGUUAACAAAUAUUUCGGUCUGCCAGUGGGAGAAGCACCGGCUCAGCCAGCUCUGAAUCCGAAUGCUCGCACUGAGGAUUAUGUAUACUUGUGCGAAGAUGGAACAACUCGUCCCAUUACUGGUCCGGCAUGUUCCUGGGCCCAACGCCCAUGGCAAGGUUAUAUGGGAAAUGGAGAUAUAAACAGCCGCUUCCAGCGGCUGCAAAAGCGACUCCAGCAAUUUUACGAAACAGCGAAAAAUUCCGCUGCUGCCGAUCAGGCAAGCCAGAUGUGGGUUGAUAGUAAAAAUGUCCUCUUCGACCGAGAAGUGCCCGUGUUACCCGGAGAGCAUCUGAACCGUGCUCAGUACAAGGAUGUGAUCGAACGAGACGGUCCGUUCCAGUACAAAAUCAAACUUUGUGUAACUUCCGAACUGGAGCAGGAGAAAUGUGAAGUGAUGCGGAAAGCUGCUUACUCUCGGGACGUCCGGCCAGAAAUUGAGUGCAUACUGAAGGGCAAAAAUGCAUGUGUACCAGCCGUACAGCAUGGCGAAGCGGACGUCGUUGUGCUCAAGGGAGAAGAUCAAACUUUUGAAAAUGUAGAGGGUCUGAAGCCGAUUCUGUUCGAGAAAUAUGAUGAAGAUGAUGUGAUGGUUGCAAUUGCUGACCAGGGCGUUACCCGUGAUCAACUGCUCAAAGCACCACUGGAAUUCGACGUCUCGGACCAGCGGGCCAUUUCUGCAGCACUGUUCUUGAACGACAAACGCCAACGGAAGACCUGCCCGAAUAAGCUGUCUUCCAUCCCGGCUGCCCCUAUUCGGAUCAUUUCCGCCCAGGAACUAACGCGGUUGGGUUCAGGCAAGGUACUGGUCUGUCCGAGUCUCGAGUUCGAACCGAUCGCCAACUAUGCGUCGUGUAACGUCGACUACACGCUGCCGGCCGGAAUCUUUAUCCGCAAAACCGUCUCCGGACAGAUCGAGGAUAACAUUUCGCACGCAUUUGUGUCGCUAUCGGACAAGUUUGGACACGGAUCGAAAACCGAGGUGGUGUUCGAUAUGUUCGGCGAGUUCAAACCGGGCAUGAAAAACGUUUUGUUCCACGAUCGGGCAGCACGGUUUGAACAGGCCAGCAACAAAGUUGCUGACGUCGAGGUGGGAAAUUACAAACGAUUGAUGUGUCUGUAAGGUCUGGUCUAUAUGAUAACGAAUAAAUGUGAUCUACUGUUGAUAAGAAUAUAGUUUGUUAGUAACUGA